AUGAAACUUCCUCCUAGUUUUGCCAAUUGUGGACCAUCAAAAGUCUACAAGUUACAGAAAUCUCUUUAUGGCCUCAAGCAGGUUUCUCGGCAAUGGUUUGCCAGGUUUUCUUCCACUUUGAUUUCACAUGGUUUUACACAGUCUAAGACUGAUUAUUCGUUGUUCACUCGUGCACAGGCUUCUUCCUUUAUUGCUUUGCUUGUUUACGUCGAUGAUAUAGUCAUUGCUAGCGACAACGUUGCAGCAGUUUUGGAGCUUACUCAAUUUCUUAAUAGUGUCUUUAGUCUCAAAGACCUAGGUCCAUUGAAGUAUUUUCUUGGGAUAGAGGUUGCCCGUAGUGAUAAAGGCAUAUCUAUUUCUCAGCAAAAAUAUGCAUUGGAGAUCCUAGAGGAUUCUAGUGUUCUCGGUGCUAAACUAGUUCUCUUCCCCAUGGAUUGCAAUCUUAAACUAUCUCGGGGUGAUGGUGAGCUCCUUGAUGAUCCCUUUAGUUAUCGCAGAUUAGUUGGCAGAUUGGUUUACUUAACCAUUACACUGCAGGAUCUUUCUUUUUCGGUUCAGUUAUUAAGUCAGUUUAUGGAUUCUCCUAGAAAACCACAUAUGGAUGCUGCAUUCUGGGUCUUGAGAUACUUAAAAUCAUCUCCAGGACAGGGUCUCUUAUUUCCUUUUGAUUCUUCUCUAAAGUUGAAGGCUUUUUGUGACUCGGAUUGGGCUGCAUGCCCAGAUAUUCGUCGUUCUGUCACUGGUUUUUGUGUUUUCUUAGGAGAUUCUAUGAUUUCUUGGAAGUCAAAGAAGCAGCAUACAGUUUUAGGUCUUCGGCUGAGGCUGAAUACGAGGUCUUCGGCUGAGGCUGAAUACCGGUCUAUGGCUGCUGUGACUUGUGAGAUUACAUGGUUACUUGCCUUGCUUCAAGAUCUUCACCUUUCUCAUCCUCAAGCAGCUUUAGUUUUCUGUGAUAAUCAAGCUGCCCUUCACAUUGCAGCAAAUCCAGUGUUCCAUGAACGAACUAAACACAUAGAAUUGGAUUGUCAUCUUGUACUUGAGAAAUUUACUCAAGGGUUAAUAUGGACAUUGCAUGUCAAGUCUGCUCAUCAACUAGCAAACAUCUUUACAAAGGCUCUACCUCGUCUUGUUUUUCAUGAUCUUAUGUCCAAGAUGAAUGUCAUCAAUAUCUUCCAUCCAUCUUGA